UUUGUUAACAUCGGGAAGAAUGUUACGGAUGUCAACUUGUUUAUUGUGAUGGACACGACGUUACGGAGUAUAUUUUUACUCCCUCAUCAGGCACGAGUGAAUUUCGGAGUAUAUUGUUACCCCUUCAUCAGGAUAUACUCCGAAACGUCGUGUCCACCACAAUAAACAAGUUGACAUCCAUAAAAGUCUUGUCUUUGUGUGUAUCACUUCUAAAUGCAUUCAAAGACUCUAUCGGGAAUAUUUCUUCUGCCGAGGGAAUGAACUGAGUUGGGGUCUGCGGCUGUGGCCACACACCUCGGCUGAUAACGCGAGCGUGUUUCCAGAUCCAUGGUGGACACCUGAAGGAAGAUGUGUACCCCAGCCCCUGGUGUUGCUGGGUACGGCAUCAAGGAGUGCUACAUCAAUGACACAUGGGUCCCAGUUCCACCCGGCAAGAUGUGUUGCCAGGGUACCUUGGAACCCCAAGAAGACAAGGACUGCUGUUACGGAAAAGACUCAAAUCACGUCUACUACCCAAGGCACAACAUCUGUUGCGAGGGAAGGGUGAUGCCAAGGUACAUCAAGGACUCUGGCCGACGCGUCGAGCGCACCUGCUGCAACAACAAAGCGCUUGUUAUCAACGAGACCAUGCAGUGCUGUGGAGAUGAAGUGGUCAACAGACAUGACACCCUGUGCUGCCAUGACGAGGACAACCCAGGCAAGGUGGCCACACACGUGUCUGGCCCGUACUUCAGCUGCUGUGGUAUCAAGGUGAUAGACGUGAGGGUUCAACAGUGCGGCUGGAUGAAGGGCAAGGAACUCCCUGUACAGCCCCACCAUCAAGUGUGUGGUCGACAACACAUCAAUCUCCGCACUCACAAAUGUUGUCUUGGCAGGGUGCACGAUGUCCCCCACCUUAACCCACACAACAUCGGGGAGUUAAACCCUGAUGUACGGUGCUGUGGCCAGACAGUCUACAACACAUCAAGACAGGAGUGCUGUCCCGGCUCAAGCCUAGUUGGCACCGUGGUGGACAGGGCCGAGCACCUGGCCUGCUGUGGGCAAGGUUUCCCGGACACUCGGCAUCAGUUGUGCUGCAUGGGGCGAGCAGUGACCAAAACCUCCCCCCAGGACAAGUGCUGUGGCCCCCAGUCAUAUAACCCCCGCACACACAGCUGCUGUGGCAAUACACCCUUCAACACACUCACUCACUACUGCUGCUCAGGCAGUCUCAGUCAACCACUAAGGAAGGGCCAGGACUGUUGUGGUGGUUUCCCAAUUGUCAGACACCAGCUGUGCUGUUUUGGAACAACACCAGUCAACAUAUCAUCAACACAGGAUGACAGUUGCUGCAGGAAAGACUCCACCAUCAGGACGUACAACAGCACACUAAAGUCAUGCAACCACUAUACUGGAGAUAUUGAGACCAGGAUCAGUCCUUUGGACGACACGUGUGAAGGUACUCACUAUCUUCCUGACGAGGCUGUAUGCUGUGACGGUCAAGUCCACCACUUCCCUCCUGGAGACACUCUCGGUUGUUGCCGCUGGCAUAGCAAGCAGACGGUCUACAGUGAGACCAGCCAGAUGUGCUGCAAGGGUCACCUCCACAAUGUCUCAUCCCAUGAAGCAGAAUGCUGCCGGACCCAGGCCUAUAAGCUGUACAGCGGACACAACCCCUGCCUGGCUUGUACCCAGGAGGAUGUCCUGCCCCCUCAUCAGAUGUGCUGUACCAACCAGACAUACCACACAUGGUAUGAUGGGGAUGCCUGUUGUGGACAUGUGCCCUACUUCAGCCAGGAGUACACCUGCUGUAACGGGCAGGUGCGAAGUAGGCAGCAGUCAUGUGAGCACACACCAACACGCAGUGCCCAGAACAGCAGCCCCUGCAGCCAUGGCUUCCCCCUCAUGGUGACCCUGAUGGUGGUUGUACGGAUGGUCUUCAUGCACAGCACACAUGCAUCACUGUAGAACUAGGGUUGGGACAGCAUGAAGCAAUACGGGUAACAGUCACACAAUCUCAAGUCAUUUGGAGACAAUCCACUGAGACACUAGUCCCGUUAUUUGGAGUGUAUUCUUUCUGCAAUGUCACAUGGUCUGAGGAAAGUCAACUCUGUAGCUGGUGUCUCAGUGUUGCAUUUUGUUAUUACUCUAAAACAUUAUGUAUUUUUACCAGAUAAAGUAACAUCAGUUAUCUCUUUUUAUAUUCUUCUGAGUCAUAACGGGCAUUUAAUGGCCGCAAAAACUACUUACAAGUUACUUUCAGAAUCAGUGAUGUGGUGAAACAAAACAUGACUGACCUAGCAAUGUGGUCUGACAAAGAGUGACUGACCUAGUGAUGUGGUCAGACAGAGAGUGACUGACCUAGUGAUGUGGUCUGACAGAGUGACUGACCUAGCAAUGUGGUCUGACAAAGAGUGACUGACCUAGUGAUGUGGUCUGACAGAGUGACUGACCUAGUGAUGUGGUCUGACAAAGAGUGACUGACCUAGUGAUGUGGUCAGACAGAGAG